AGAAAAUUUAAAUAUGGUGAUGGUACACUCUCCCUUUCAGGGAGGUGAAUGUGUAACAGUGUUCAGUACUUUCCCUCAGGCCUUUUUCCUUCAGCUUCUUCCUUGUUGCACCUUUUUUGCUGAUGGCAGAGAUCACAUCUCAUUGUGACUUGAUUCGGUUAAUGAUAUAUUUGUACACAUGUGCUCAUGUUUACGUAUGCAUUGGAAAUACCAAAUGCCUUGUCGCAAGGGAUGUUCCAAGUCCAACCUCUAUAAAGCUGUUGUACUCUCAAACCUGCACCAGUUCUCAUCUGACUGUCGCUUUGAGCAUCACAAACAGAAAGCCCGACAGACAGACAGACAGACAGACGAUGUCUCGGAUUUCAGUUACCAUGAUCAUGCUGCUGGUUCUGGCUCUCAGUGCAUUCUGUACAGAUGCCUCGACUUUGUCGUGCUGCAGAAAGUACACCCAGACAAGAAUACCUAUGCCGCUUAUCAGAGGCUUUUCCAUUCAGUCGAACAAAGAAAACUGCCACCUUGAUGCUGUAAUAUUUCAUGCACAUGGUGGCAGGAAUAUUUGCACAGACCCGUCUAAAGCCUGGGUGAUGGAAAACAUCCGUAAACUGAGGGAUAAGGUGGAGGCGAUUAAGAGAAAACGAAGAAAUUAAUUUGGAAAACAUCCAGACAGCACAAUGCUAUACUAUGCUAUGCAAAUCGCUUUGGAUAAAAGUGCCUGCCAAAUCUGUAAUGUAAUAAUGAGUUUUUUUCUUUAUGCAAUUUGCAUAAAAAUCCAUGUUGCAUAUUUGUAUAUGCAUGUUAAUUUUGUAUUACUUGUUUGCUUUUUAAGUCAAGGCAUUAAAAUUAUUUUUUUACGUAAA